ACUCUAGUGAGACUUUAGUUGGGAUGUAGCCGCAGUUUUUGUUGGAGAGACAGUGUUACACGACAUUUGUGCCCAAAGUCUCUAGAAAGAUCUGGAAAGAUUUUCUGUCUCUAUUAGGAACUUGUCAGAAUGAGUGAGCGAGAUAGGGAUAGGGAUCGUGUUGCUACUGAUCUUCGAAGAAAAGGUCGUCACCCGAAGUGUGCCCGAUGCAGGAAUCAUGGCAUGAUAUCAUGGCUGAAAGGCCACAAGAAGCAGUGUAUGUUCAAAUCGUGUUCUUGUGCCAAAUGCAGUCUAAUCGCUGAAAGGCAACGAGUUAUGGCCGCACAGGUAGCAUUGAAAAGACAACAGGCGGCAGAGGACACAAUAGCACUGGGCUUAACAGAAGUAAUGACUGGUAAAAAGUAUCCCUUUUUACCACCGGGACCGAUUUUCAGUAUGGUGCUAUCAGAUCAAGAUAACAGCAACCACGAUCAACCAAGCUCGACGAAAUGCACUCCCUCCUCACCCCAAGAGGGGGAUUCCCCUCCUCCUGCAGUUGACACCUCCACGUCAUCGGAUCCAACAGACGAGAAAGCUUCAAGUCCUGACAAGAUGGACACAUCACCCUGUCUCUCCACUUCUGCAUCGUAUAAACCUCUUCCGCUUGAUAUGCUGGUCACACUCUUUCCCGAUAAGAAAAGGUCAGUGUUAGAGUUGGUUCUGAGACGCAGCGGACAUGAUCUCCUGAAAGCCAUAGAACAGUGUGCCUCGCUGACUGGAGGGGGCAUGCGGUGUUCACCUGGUGUCACCACGAGCACGGCGGUCACCACAGAAAGACACCGCGGUAGACCGCAGUCACCAAUGCAUGACACCAUCACACAUACGCCAUAUGUAAUCUCCAACAAACCGAGCAGUAAUCUGAUAAGCAGUGACCCAACCGAUCUCCGAUCAGCAUUCAGGCCUUUUCUGGGGGGUGCAGGGGCCCCCUCCCGCCUAGCUGAGGUUCCCCCCCUUGAUCAGACCCCCCAGCCGCCCCAGGCACACCAGGUGUUGCCUUGCAACGGAACCGCUCUGCUAAAUAUGCUGUCGCCUGCGUUUUUUCACACAACGCCUCCGUUUGGGGGUGGCUCUAUAUUCCCAGUCUACAAGACGUUCCCCGUUCCUCUCCUUCAACAAUCUCCGGUCUCCACUCAACCUCCAAUAUCAUCCAACUGUACAUGCCACGAAUGUCGCGAGAAACGAAGUUAACUUAAUCCAUCUUUGAUUUAUUAAACUAUCAAAAAUUAUGUGCAUACACUAUCAAAAUAUAUAAAUUAUUGUUUCACGACUGCUUCAAAUUAUAUAUUAUCGGUGUUAUAGGAAUGUAAAUAAAUUGAAAAUAAAUUAUUGAGUAGCCUAAUUUUGAUUGAUUAGUAUUCAUUUUCACCAUAGAGAAAAGAUAACAUAAGAAGAUAUCCCAUGGUUUGUAGAAUUCAUUCAAAGUUUGGAAGUUUUUUAUUUAAUUAAGGUGUAUCAAUUUGAGAUGAUACUGUUUCAUAUUGUGAUGAUACUGUUUCAUAUUGUGAUGAUACUGUAUCGUGUGUGGUGAUACAAUAUCAUUUUGUGGUGAUACUGUAUCAUCUAUGCAAUAGAGAAAAGAUAGCAUAAGAAGAUAUCCCAUGGUUUGUAUUGUAGAAUUCAUUCAAAGUUUAGAAGUUUUGUAUCAAAUUAUGGUGUAGUGUAUCAUAUUGUGUUGAUACUGUAUCGUAUGGUGAUACAGUAUCAUUUUGUGGUGAUGCAGUAUCAUUUUGUGAUGAUACAGUAUCAUUUUAUGGUGAUAGAGUAUCAUUUUGUGAGAAAAGAUAGCAUAAGAAGAUAUCCUAUGGUAUACAGCGAUAAUGUUACAAAUUUCUCUUUUAACUCAGCCGAUAGUCCUUGUAUUUCGUUUUUGUGAAGCUAUGUGACACUGGUAGUCUUUCAUACUGUGCCGUUCAAACUUUCUCACCCCAGUAACACAGUAAUAAUAGACAGAAGUCGACAGUGAUUGGCUUGAGUUAGCAGGAAAUCGGCUUGAAAUUAGGAACAUAAAAGACCUAUACCAUGGGAUCGUUUGCACGAAAGGCUGUUGAAUUUUAAUCGUGUUUGAAUUGAAUGCUACAAAAACCAAUCUGAGAACCUUCUUUUGAAAAAAAAAAUUUUUCUGGUUGUCUCUGUUAUCAUUUUAUUACAAAAGAAAGACAAGAAGACAAAAAAGAGACAAAGAAAGACUGUUUUAUGUCCUACUCCUUGAAAAUUAAGGACUGGAAGAGACAAUUAUAGUUCAUCAAAUAGAGAUAAAUAUAGUUUGUUACAAUAUUACAAUAAUUAUUGUAUCAAACUAUGGAAUUGUAUCAUGGAGCUCCACAAUAUCUCUUAAAUCAGUCAUGUAUAGAUAAAAUAGUAGGUCUAUCAUUAUAAUUGCCUUUGUAACUUGUUUCAACUUGCAUCAUCAUCCAUCAUUGUAUAUUUCAUCUUUGAAAUUAUCCAUUAUUGUUAUAUUGUAAUGACAUCCAAAUUGAGAGUACUAUUAAACGAAACGCUUGCAGCCAAUUCCACUUUAUUAUGUAGCAUUCUUUGUUCCUGAGU